UUCGCUCGCUUAUUAUUCCGUUUUCGUUCCAUGUGGACCGGUGUCCGGUUCCGCUCGUCUUCCAAUUCUCCACACCGCCGCAAACCGUUUUCACCGUCUCCGAGUCUUCCCAUCCGUGUGGCCGUGGACGAUUUGCACAGAUUUGCAGACGAUUCGCCGCGGUUUUCGGUUUCUUACUGUAAUUAUUGGUAAUCGUCGUUGGAUUGCGUAAAGUAAUUUACCUUUAGCCGUCGCCGCCGGUCCCCGUCAAUUAAUUGUACCAGCAUGGCGGCAUCGACAGACGCAGGAGAGGGAUUGUUCUCUUGCACAAUUUGCUAUGAACCUUCAGGAACUUAUUCUACAUCUACACUAUGUGGACACAUAUUCCACGAUGCUUGUAUUACGCGAUGGUUGAAAAACCCAAUCUCCCCAAAUUUAUGUCCAAAUUGUAGAUGCCCUUCAUAUGAACACGAAUUGGUCAAACUUCAUCCAUCGGGCAAUGAGAGGUUUACAGUUAAAACCAAAGAAGAACUGGACUCGUUUAAGAAGCUAUUAAAUCUUCGUUUGAUACUCAAUAAAAUCUACAAGAUAAAAGUGGAAGAACUUACAUCUAAACUGAAUACCUCGGAGGAAAGUUUAAAAAAAAGCUGUAUUGCUGUUGAUAAUGUAAUUAAUGACUUAUUUUCAUAUCAGCUUAAUGGAAAGAAAGAUAUACCACAUCUUUAUACAAAAUCAGCAGAUUAUAAGUUUAAUGAAGAGCAAAAUAAGAGGAUUUUGUUGCAAAAAGAGGUAUACUUGUACCAGGCAAGGCAUUCGGCUGAGCUCAACCAAUUAAAGUCUGAAAUAGAAAAGUUAAAAUCAAAAAAAGCGGGUAUUCAAAGUAUAUAUCAUGAUUAUAAACAACAAAGUACAUCAUCACAGAAUGCUGGAAGCAAAUUUGUACUUCCGCGUCAAAUACAGUCUCCUAAGUUACAGCCAUCCCCUUAUGGUUUCCUAUCAAACUGUCAUUUUUGGGUUGUUGAUGAACUUAGAAAAGUAGCAGGAGCAACCAAUCACUUAUAUUUUGAUGAACAUCGUGUUAUGGAGCAUGGUGGAACCGUUGCAUAUCAUUAUACAAAUAUGGUUACACAUAUUAUUGGUAACUCCCAAAACAAUUUAGAAGUUCUUAAAGGUUUAAAUGAACGUAAAAAAUGCGUUACUGAUUAUUGGCUCAGUGACGUCAUUGGUGAAGGAAAAUUGUUGAAACCUUGGUUAGCUCACCAUUUUCCAAUACCAUACAGUGAAGAUAAAUUACCAUAUGAACAUAAACAAAUAGCUAUUGUCAAUUUUCAAUUAAAUGAAUAUCAUAAAAUUAAAGCUAUGGUUGAAGUUACUGGGGCUACAGUAAUCAAUAAAAUUUCCCGCAAUACUUUUAUUGUAGUUACUCUAAAAUCAGAAGGUGAAAUGAUAAAAAAAGCUGUAUCUUUAAAAAUACCAGUGGUCAAUGUUCGAUGGAUCACUGAUAUACUUCUUGGUGAAAACAUUGGUUUACAACACUUUAAGCGAAAAAAAUACCAACAAUUUGAUUUGCCCAAUCCAUAUCAAAUUAACUACACCAAAGUAUCACAUCUAUUGGCGGCUUGGAAAAAGCGUCCCAAAGUUAUUAAAUUAAAUUCACCAUCUAAAAGAAUUAAUAAGUCUACUAUGACAAAUAUAAAAAUGAAAACAUGUGUUAUACAAGAAUUUUUACCAUCGGGUGUUAAUAACGGCGAUGGCCAUAAUAUCACUAGUACCACUUCUAUUUUAGCUAUACCGAUGGCAACUGAACCAAGUAUGUCUUCUGGACAAGCAACUAGACAAGCAAAAAAAGCAAAAAAGGUGAAUAAACUCAAAUAACAGUCAUUGCUCAAGAACAGCAAUCAAUUUUCCAUGUGACUUUACGAAUGAUCACUUGAAAGUAAAAUCAAGACUGCACACUCUCAGUAAUCUUAUGUAAUAAAACCUUAUAUAUCAAGACUUUAGUUAUAAUUUUCAUAAUAAUCAAAUUAUCAUAUAUUUAAUAAUUACCUAUAUAAUUAGUACUAAGAUUGUUAGUUAUAUAUGACUUUAUGAUAGUGUAUAUAAUAUAAUAAAUACAAAUCAAAUAAUUUGUGUCAUCAUUUUGUACAUGAAAUAAAAUACAAUAAAAUACAUUUUUUAAAUUAAAAAAAUUAAUACAAUAUGUUUUUAAUAUUUGGAGGAAACUUGAAAAUAGGUUCCUUAUUUUAGGUGCUACGUACCUUUUAUACAAUAUAUAGGUCUAUUAAUAUAUAAUUUUAAAGUAU